UACAUACAUACGUACGUGAAAGUCACUGCAACUGAGGACAAGCGUCUGAGUCGCUUCCGCUGUCUCUCUCUCUUCCUCUCUCUCGAGUCUUCUUCCUUGCUUCACCAAGUUCUAGGGUUUGCUUUUCUUUCUCUUCUCCCAAAUUUAGAUAUAUAGCUUUUUUGAGUUUUGAAAGACAACUCCCAUGGCCAAAACUAGACCAGGCAAAAAGGACUUGGACUCCUAUACCAUCAAAGGAACCAACAAGGUCGUCAGAGCGGGUGAUUGUGUACUGAUGCGCCCAUCUGACACCGGUAAGCCCCCUUACGUGGCGUGCGUGGAGAAGAUCGAGACGGACAAUCGGAGCAACGUGAAAGUUCGGGUGAGGUGGUACUACAGACCGGAGGAGUCGAUCGGGGGCAGGAGGCAGUUCCAUGGCGCCAAGGAGCUCUUCUUAUCUGACCACUAUGAUGUUCAGAGUGGCCAUACCAUUGAAGGAAAGUGCACUGUUCACUCAUUUAAGAACUACACAAAGCUCGAGAAUGUGACUUCUGAGGACUAUUACUGUCGUUUUGAGUACAAAGCUGCUACUGGGGGGUUCACGCCCGAUCGAGUUGCUGUAUACUGCAAAUGUGAGAUGCCAUACAACCCGGACGACCUCAUGGUGCAGUGUGAGGGGUGCAAGGACUGGUACCAUCCAGCUUGUGUGAACAUGACUAUUGAAGAAGCAAAAAACUUGGAGCAGUUCGUGUGUUCUGAAUGCUCAUCUGAUGAUGAUGUUAAAAAGUCGCAGAGUGCAUUCACUGCAUCACCAGGAGUUGAUGCCAAGGUGGAGCCCAAGCGUCGGAAGAGAUGACUGCCUUUGAAGGUAGCGUGGUUUGAGUAUGGACAAAUAAACAAAUCAUCCUUAAGCAUCAUCUACCUUUUGAUUGUCAUUAUGAGUGUUGUACAGCUCCCGGAGAUUAUGACGAAAGCUGUGUUUUGACUACAGUUUUCAAAUGGUCAGUUUAGCUUAUAAUGGAUUCGUUUUAGAUUUAGGAGAUUUCUCUGUACCUUUGACAAUAGAAGAGUGUGUUAAACUUGUGAUCUGUGUGGUCACGUUUACCCUCAUAGUUUCGAGUAGGAUGCAUUGUGGGUCGGGCUAUUGUUGAAUACUAAUUUAAUUUUAACUAGUGCGCAAAUUUUUCUA